UCUUCUUCAAGCUUCCAUCCAGCAGAAUCAGAAACAGUUGGCAGAGAGAAACCCCGUAGCUUUUCUUCUCUUCAGCUAAACGCAAAUCCGUUUAGCCUUUUCGUUUCUCUCUUGCUUGCUGCUAUAGCUCUUCGUUUCGUCUCUCUCUCUCUCUUUCUCUCUCAAUCGGAUCACCGCAAUUCUUCCGGGUGUUAGAUUCGUUGGAAUUCUUGAUUUCGAUUCAAUCAUGGUUCUUUGGGUUUUUGGCUAUGGAUCUCUUGUGUGGAAUCCAGGAUUCGACUUCGAUGAGAAAGUGAUAGGUUUCAUUAGAGAUUAUAGGCGUGUAUUCGAUCUUGCUUGUAUUGAUCAUAGAGGUACACCUGAACAUCCUGCUAGAACUCUCACGCUAGAACCCAAACAAGGAUCAAUUUGUUGGGGUGCUGCAUUUUGCAUCCGUGGAUGUCCUGAAAGAGAGAGAGCGGCCAUGGAGUAUCUAGAGAAGAGAGAGUGCGAGUAUGACCAAAAGACUAUUGUAGACUUCUACACGGAUGAAGACUCUUUCGAACCCACAUUGACAGGAGUAGUAGUUUUCACAUCUACAUUUGAUAAAGUGAUAAACAAAUACUAUCUAGGACCUGCUCCCUUGGAGCAAAUGGCUAGCCAAAUUGCAACUGCAUCUGGUCCAUGUGGGAACAAUAGAGACUAUCUAUUCCUGUUAGAGAAAGCCUUGUUCGAAAUCGGCCACGAAGAUGAUAUGGUGAUCGAGCUUGCAAACGAAGUGAGGAAUAUCCUUGGGAAGGUUGGAAAGGGGGUGAUUUUGAAGGAGAAGAAGAAGCCGAUUGGAUCGACGACCCACCUGCCUUUCAUGUCCUUCAUCUCAGGUGUUCAAGUGCAUCCGUUGGCAGAAGCCGCCAUGGCCAUGGAUUCUUAGAAAGUAUGGACUGAUUGUUUUAGUGAAAGGUGAAAGUUAGGCUAACUCAAGAGCUAAGAAGACGAAGCAUUUGGAUUUGAUUGAUUGAUUGUCACUCUUCUUUCUUCUGCACUCUCCCAUUAAAAGCUUCUCUGAUUCAUUUAUGAUUUUUACUUCGCUGUUUCUGAUCUGACCCAUUAGAGUUGUUUCUUCUUCUGCGUUCUUAGAUCUGCAUCAACAUCUAGCUUUUGAGCUUUUCUCACACUUCCCAUGUCCUCCAUUAAUGAGCUUUCUUCGCUGUUGGAAUAUUACUUAGCGCAUUAGGUUUGGAGGUUGUAGUUGGACAAUGAGAUACUGAACAGUGAAUAUACACUGUAUGUUUAUGGAUCUUACUUUAUAACUUGAAUACAAAAUCAAAUUACACUUUGCUUCA